AUGAUAAUUCUUUUAGGCUGUUGUGGUAUGGCUCAGAGUUUAACCGAGAACAAGACCAGAACCGCUCUAUUUGUACUUGUGGUAUUUGGGCUCUGUUCCUUCUUCUACCUCCUUGGUGUAUGGCAAAGAAGUGGCUUUGGGAGAGGGGACAGCAUAGCGGCUGUGGUGAAUGAGCAGACCAAAUGUCUGAAACUGCCAAAUCUGAAUUUCGAGACCCACCAUAGUGCAUCGGAUCUUCUGAACGACACUUUCAGUUCUCAAGUCAAAACUUUUGAGCCAUGUGAUGCAGAGUACACCGAUUACACUCCUUGCGAGGAGCAAAAGCGUGCAAUGACCUUCCCUAGGGAUCACAUGAUAUAUCGGGAGAGGCAUUGCCCACCUGAAAACGAGAAGCUGUACUGUCUGAUUCCAGCACCAAAGGGUUAUGUUGCUCCUUUUCCAUGGCCAAAGAGCCGCGAUUAUGUUUCUUAUGCCAAUGUGCCACACAAGAGUCUUACGGUUGAAAAGGCCAUCCAAAACUGGGUGCACUACGAGGGCAACGUUUUCAGGUUUCCUGGUGGUGGAACGCAGUUUCCUCAGGGUGCAGACAAGUAUAUAGAACAGCUUGCUUCUGUUAUCCCAAUUACCAAGGGGAAAGUGAGAACUGCACUCGACACUGGUUGUGGGGUUGCCAGUUUGGGUGCUUACCUGUUGAAGAAAAAUGUUUUGACUAUGUCAUUCGCUCCAAAAGAUAAUCAUGAGGCACAAGUACAGUUUGCACUGGAGAGAGGCGUACCUGCAUAUAUCGGUGUCCUUGGAUCAAUGAAGCUCUCAUUUCCAUCCCGAGUCUUUGACAUGGCACAUUGCUCGAGAUGUUUAAUUCCAUGGAGCGGAAGUAACGGUAUGUACAUGAUGGAAGUUGAUAGGGUACUUAGGCCGGGUGGGUAUUGGGUACUAUCAGGCCCACCCAUUGGUUGGAAGAUUCACUACAAGGGAUGGCAACGGACCAAAGACGAUCUCCAGAGUGAGCAGAGAAAAAUAGAACAAUUCGCAGAACUUCUUUGCUGGAAGAAGAUAUCUGAGAAGGAUGGUAUUGCUAUAUGGAGAAAGACAUUAAAUGGCAAAUCUUGCCCGAGGAAACAAGAUAAUUCAAAAGUUGCCAAGUGUGAGUUGACAAGCGAAAGUGAUGUAUCGUAUAAGAAAAUGGAAGCCUGUAUAACUCCGCUUCCUGAGGUUAAAAGCGUGUCAGAGGUUGCUGGUGGUGAACUAGAGCCAUUUCCCCAGAGGCUCAAUGCAGUACCACCUCGGAUAGCCCGUGGUUUUGUACCUGGGUUCUCAGUUCAAACAUAUCAGGAGGACAAUAAACUCUGGCAGAAACAUGUUAAUGCUUACAAGAAAACCAAUGACUUGCUUGAUACUGGAAGGUACCGCAACAUAAUGGACAUGAAUGCAGGUCUUGGUAGCUUUGCCGCUGUACUGGAGUCUCCAAAGCUGUGGGUCAUGAAUGUCGUUCCGUUCAUUGCAGAUACUUCUACUUUAGGUGUAAUCUAUGAGCGAGGGUUAAUAGGAAUGUAUCACGACUGGUGUGAAGGGUUUUCUACUUACCCAAGGACAUAUGACCUCAUACAUGCUAACGGUGUCUUCAGUUUGUACCAAAACAAGUGUAAAUUUGAAGAUAUACUACUGGAAAUGGACCGGAUCUUACGCCCAGAGGGCGCAGUUAUAAUCCGUGACACGGUUGACGCUCUUGUAAAGGUGGAGAAAAUAGCCAAUGCCAUGAGGUGGGAGACAAGACUGGCCGACCAUGAGGGCGGCCCUCGUGUGCCCGAGAAGAUCCUCUUUGCAGUUAAGCAAUACUGGACUGCCGACAGCAAGAGCCGCCGCUAA